AUGGGAGGCAAAAGCAGCACUCAUAUAGACGAGUGCGCUCAGGGCCUUGAUAAUUGCAAGCAAAAGGGCGGCGAUUGUGUGAACAUUCCGGGCAGCUUUACUUGCGGCUGUGGACCGUACAGGCAAGAAAAGGACGGAGUUUGCAUUGACAUCAAUGAAUGCUCCACAAACAGGGGAAAUUGUGAUGAGAACAGCGACUGCAUCAACCGUGAUGGAGAAGAACAGCUGUGCAAAUGCCAUAAAGGCUGGACUGGCAAUAACGAUAAGCCCAACGUCGCAUGCAGAGAUAUCAAUGAAUGCAAUGAGAACCCGUCCAUCUGCCCAUCUAAUUCAGUCUGCACCAACCUUGCGGGAUCUUAUAAGUGCGAGUGUAGUGCUGGAUUCGAGCCCGACUCUUCCGGUAGUGGAUGCGUGACGGAAGACUUCUGCGGCACGGGGAAGAAUGACUGUGACACGGUAUUUGCCGCAUGUUCCUUGGUUCCUGGAUCAUUUAAGUGCGAAUGCAUCCAAGGGUUUCGUGGAGCCGGGACAGUCAACACGUGCGAGCCUUUGCCCGGCAACGAAGAUCUGGCUUGCACAACUUUGGGAUUGACGUGCGGUGACUACAAGUACUGCACGAAGAGCACUACACAGGCAGGACUGUGGGAGUGCACAGACAAAGCGGCAUCCGAACAGCUUGCAGUGUUCAUUGCGAAUGGCGCAACGAGCGAUACACCAUCAUGGGUUUGGGCUGUCGUUGUUUUGUCUACGAUUGCGCUAAUACUCAUUUCUGGAGGCGUAUUGUGGUGUUUAUACAAGCGUUUCAUCAAAACCAGAGAGGACACCGAGGAGGACCUGCUUGCAGAACAGGGUGUGUCUGCGGGCGGGCAUGAUUUCGGAGAGGGCUACAGCUACGGUGCGACGCAAGGGUACUACGCGUGA